AUGCGGGAAGCUAGCUCCACGACCAAGCUGCGGGUCGUGUUUAAUGGCUCGUCAAGAUUGCCGUCGGGAGAGACCCUCAAUCAGCACCUGCAAGUCGGACCGAACCUACUACCAGCGCUUGCUGAUAUUCUGCUGCGGUGGCGUCGUCAUCGAUAUGCCAUUGCCUCGGACAUCGAAAAAAUGUAUAGGCAGAUCGACGUCCACCCUCAGGAUCGCGACCUGCAAAGGAUUGUGUGGCGUGAAGGUAAAGAUAUGGACAUCAAGGAGUUCCAACUGAACACCGUGACUUACGGGUUGGCGUGCGCUCCCUAUUUGGCGAUUCGCACUCUCCGACAACUCGCGGAUGACGAAGCCUCCAGGUGGCCCCUCGGUGCGGACGUCCUUCGACGGGACGUCUACAUGGACGACGUCCUGACGGGGGCACCAACCGUUGCUGAGACUGAGGAGAUCCAGCAGCAACUCACGCAGAUCUGCAGGGCGGGCGGUUUCCCGCUGAAGAAGUGGUCGGCCAACCAUUCGUCAUUGCUCGAGAGUCUGCCAGCGGAGGACCUUCUACAGCGGGAGCCCCGGUGGUGGCAACCAGGUGAGAGCCACGCUACCUUGGGCCUCAGAUGGCACCCGCACAAUGACAACUUCGCCUUCUCGACGCCAACGAUGCGGCUGGACAGGAUAUCUAAAAGGACAGUCCUGUCACUAACGGCCAAGUUAUUUGACCCGAUGGGAUGGCUCGCACCCACCACGGUGCGAGCCAAGAUACUUAUACAGUCGACGUGGUUACUGGGAGUCGACUGGGACACACCGCUCCCCGACGGCGACGCUCAGCGGUGGCUGGAGUUCCAGGCGGAGCUACCUCUGUUGGAGAGCAUCCGCGUUCCCCGCUGGCUGAAUAGCGGAACUGGCUGCCGGAGGGAAAUCCAUGGCUUCGCCGACGCAUCUGAAAGAGCCUACGCCGCAGUCGCUUAUCUGCGGACAGAGGAUCGGGAAGGACGUGUAGAGGUCGCGCUAGUUACCGCGAAAACCAAGACGUACGUGGCCAACCGAGUGUCGGAGAUCCAGACAUCCUUGCCAGACGCCCGGUGGCAUCGCAUCCCUGGUCGAGACAACCCUGCGGAUUGUGCUUCACGGGGGCUGUCUCCAAAAGAACUGGUCGAUCACCCCCUCUGGUGGCACGGACCUCCCUGGCUGCGAGCUGAGACGGACCGCUGGGCGAUCUCCGAUGACGAGAACAGCGACAACGAGCUCCCAGAACGACGCACGCUAGUGCACGCUGCGACCAUUGGCAAAGAGGCCACCGAGGAGCCGAUUAUACUAAGCCGGUACUCCACGCUCCAUCGGUUGCUACGAAUCUCGGCCUGGUGUCGCCGCUGGCUUCGUCGUCAUCAGGAGAAGCGAGCGCCCGAUGUACGGGCCAAUCCUGCGGUCCGGCUCGUCCUUGGGACCCGCGAAGUCGAGGAAGCGCGCCUGAGUUGGAUCCGAGUCGUCCAAGCUGCCAACUACAAGGAGGAGUUAGCAGCCAUCACGAAGGGCAAACCAAUACCUACACGCAGUACACUUACCCGAUUAACCCCUUUCAGAGACCCCCAGGGCAUCCUCAGAGUCGGCGGUCGAAUCAAGCGCGCUCUUCUCUCCUUUGACGCCAGGCACCCAAUCAUCUUGCCAGGAGGGUCAACAUUUACUCGACUCGUCAUCGAGGCGUGCCAUCGCCGGACCCUGCACGGGGGCGUGCAGCUGACCCUUGGCUCCAUACGCCAGGAGUACUGGAUUCCCCGCGGACGGGCACUCGUCAAGCGCUGCCUACACCGCUGCUUAACGUGCUUGCGAUGGCGGGCGGCACCCCCGCAGCCACUCAUGGGGGACCUGCCGCGGAAUCGAGUGACACCAGCUCGGCCCUUCCUCCAUACAGGUGUCGAAUACGCGGGACCAAUGUGGCUAAGAACCUCCAAGGGACGAGGACAGCGCGCUACAAAGGCCUUCCUGGUGGUCUUCGUCUGCCUCAGCACCCGCGCCGUCCACCUCGAUGUCGCCUCGGACUAUUCCUCCGACGCCUUCCUGGCCGCGCUGCGCCGUGGGCUAUGUCGAGCCCUCUAUAGCGAUUGCGGCACCAAUUUCGUGGGCGCCGACGCCCAACUGCGAGCGCUCUUCGCAGCCAGCGGUCAGGAAGGCCAGCGCAUCGCGGAAGGGCUUGCUGCCGAAAGGAUUGAAUGGCACUUCAACCCUCCGGCAGCACCCAAUUUCGGUGGACUCUGA